GGUUCGAAGUUGGCGAGAGCGGCGGCAGCGGCCCCUGGAUCGUGCGCGGGCGGCGACGGCGGUGAGCGCGGGUUUCGCGAUGGCUUCGUUCGGCUCCCAGGGCGGCGCCAAGAAAGAGGAGAAGGGCAAGAACAUCCAGGUGGUGGUGCGCUGCAGGCCCUUUAAUACAUCAGAGCGCAAAGCAAACUCCUUUGCUGUUGUAGAUUGUGAUCAAGGAAGAAAAGAAGUUAGUAUCCGUACUGGAGGAGUAACAGAUAAAACCUCAAGGAAGACUUAUACAUUUGAUAUGGUUUUUGGAGCUCAAGCAAAACAAAUUGAUGUGUACCGAAGUGUUGUGUGUCCUAUUUUGGAUGAAGUUAUUAUGGGUUACAACUGUACUGUAUUUGCCUAUGGCCAAACUGGUACAGGAAAAACCUUCACAAUGGAAGGGGAGAGGUCACCAAACGAUGAAUAUACUUGGGAAGAGGAUCCACUAGCUGGUAUAAUCCCUCGUACACUGCAUCAAAUAUUUGAGAAACUUUCAGAGAAUGGUACUGAAUUUUCUGUGAAAGUCUCUCUGUUGGAGAUCUACAAUGAGGAGCUUUUUGAUCUUUUGACUCCUUCUCCUGAUGUUGGAGAGAGACUGCAAAUGUUUGAUGACCCUCGUAACAAGCGGGGUGUCAUUAUUAAAGGCUUGGAAGAAAUAACUGUGCACAAUAAAGAUGAAGUCUAUCAAAUACUGGAGAGGGGAGCCGCAAAAAGAACUACUGCAGCUACUUAUAUGAAUGCAUAUUCUAGCCGUUCCCACUCUGUGUUUUCAAUCACCAUACACAUGAAAGAAACUACAAUAGAUGGAGAAGAACUGGUUAAAAUUGGGAAACUAAACUUGGUUGAUCUUGCAGGAAGUGAAAACAUUGGUCGUUCUGGAGCAGUUGACAAAAGGGCCCGUGAGGCUGGAAAUAUCAAUCAGUCUCUACUGACUCUGGGUAGAGUUAUUACUGCUCUUGUAGAAAGAGCCCCACAUAUUCCAUACAGGGAAUCUAAGCUCACUAGAAUCCUGCAAGACUCUCUUGGAGGGCGAACAAAAACAUCUAUAAUUGCCACAGUUUCUCCUGCAUCUAUAAAUCUUGAGGAAACCUUGAGCACUCUGGAAUAUGCCCACAGAGCAAAGAAUAUCCUGAACAAGCCUGAAGUUAACCAAAAGUUGACAAAGCGAGCUCUCAUUAAGGAAUAUACAGAAGAGAUUGAACGCCUUAAAAGAGACCUUGCUGCUGUUCGAGAAAAAAAUGGAGUCUACAUUUCUGUUGAAAACUACGAUGCUCUUACUGGAAAACUGACUGCUCAAGAGGAGCAAAUUGCAGAGUAUAUUGAAAAAAUUAGUGCCAUGGAGGAAGAAAUGAAAAGAAUCACUGAGUUGUUCACAGUUAAUAAAAAUGAACUUGAACAAUGCAAAACAGAUCUAGAAAGCAGAGAGAGGCAGCUGGAAGAAACUCAGAAAAAUUUGCAAGAAACCAAGGUUCAGCUUACUGAGGAGGAAUAUGUAGUUUCAGUUCUGGAGAGCACUGAAGAAAAGCUUCAUGGCACUGCUAGUGAGUUGCUCAGUACAGUUGAAGAAACAACAAAAGAUGUGUCUGGUCUCCAUGCAAAACUAGAUCGCAAAAAAGCAGUUGAUCAACAUAAUGCAAAAGCUCAGAAAACAUUUGCAGGACAAAUGAAUGUUCUAUUCAGCAAAAUGAAAAAUUCAGUUACUGAGAAUGGUUUGAAACAACAACAGGUGUUGGACUUUUAUGUUAAUGUAAUUGGUGACCUUCUGUCUGCCAGCUCUUCAGCCACUAGUGUCAUUACAUCACUUGUAUCUUCAUCAUUCACUUCUAUUAAGGAGAUGGUGUCCACUGAAAUUUCUCGGGUGUCUGAAAAAAUACUAGAACAGGAGACUCUGUCCAUUGAAUGUAAAGCUGAGCUGCAGAGAUUGCUUGACGAGCAUAAGUCUGGAUUAGGAAGGGCACUGAGUAAUAUGUCACCUGUUGUGGACUUGGUCCUGGGACUAAACUGCCAGUUUCAAAACAACAUCAACAAAUAUUCAGCUAUAGCUGAUAAGAUGGAAAGCCAUAAAGAGGAACUGAGUGCCUCCUUUGGAGAACUCCGUGUCAAUCUGAAUAAAUUACAGAAAGAAACAAACUGUGUUCUGGCUCAACUUCAGGAUGACUGUGAGAAUUUAAAGGAAAAAGUGGAGAUGGCAAAGCUGGCACAUACAAAGAGUACAAAUCAACUUGUGUCUUCAUUACAAAGCCAGCUGAAUCUGUUGCUUCAGGAAACCCAGCAGAACUUAAGUGGUAUAGUGACAACGGGUAGAGGUUUGAAGACUGCCAUUGCUAAUGUCCAAGAAAAUGUCCAUCUGCAAACUACAGACUUGGUCACUUGUACAACUUCUAGCCACGACAAAUUUAUUGCAUCUUUGGAGAAUUUCUCACAGGAAGUCAGGCAGUUAAACAGUGAAAACCAGAUGAUGUUGGAGGAAUCCUCUGAACACUCUGAGCAACUUCGUGGCAGUUUCUUAAGAGUGUGUCAUGAGACAGAUGAGUGGGGUGAACUUGCAAAUACCAAGAUUAUCCGCUUUACUGAUCAACAGAUGUCUGCCUUCAGCAGUCAGAAGCAGCAACUUCAGAACUUACAGAUGAAUGUAGAUGUAGGCUGUCAGGUAUCAGUUGGUGAAGUUACAAACCAAAUUGACAGACAGAAAUCUGAUGAAGAGAGAGCACUGAAGAGCCUUCUUGACCAGAUAAAGGCUGAUCAGGAUAUUUUCGUGGAGCAGAAACUGGCGCUCUGUGAUGAAGCACUGCAUGGACUGAUUCGGGUCAAUGGCUUUCUGCAGGAGGAGCUUAAAGUGGAUGUCUCAACAGGGACAACUCCACAGAGAAGAGAUUACUUGUAUCCAGUGGAAAUUGUGAGGACAGAACCCCGUGAACUGCUGCUUGAGCAAUUAAGACAAAAGCAACUAGAACUUGUGGCUAACCUAAACAGUGCAGCAAAGGUGACAGAAGAAAAUAUGGAUCAGGACUCGUUGGAGGAAGAAGAGGCUGUGCAGGAAUCUAAUGAAAGUGUCAUCAGUGACAAAUCGUUCCUAAAUGCAAGUGCGUCCUGCCAAACAAAUGGCGGUGUUCCCUUUUUCCAGCAGAAGAAAAGUCACAAAAAGGAUAAAGAGAAUAAAUCUAUAAGCACCAGGGAGAGAUCCAAGGUGGAAGAUACUGCUGAGCAAUCUUUUCUGAAGUUGAAGACUCCUUUAGGAGCACUGAACUAGUGUAUUCUCUCAGACCUACUGUAUUUGUAAUGUUUGUCUGAUCUUCUGUUCAUUCUCAAUUUUUCAACCAUCCUCGGGUUCUGUAUAUAAUGAAAUGUUGCAGAGGUGGAUUAUCUAAUGAAAUAUUAAAGCAGCUAUUUUGUCUUACUGUCUGAACUGUUUUUAUACAUUGUAAUUUACAUACUAUUAGCAUACUUUUACACUUUGAAUUAUGGCUCUGUAUGUUAAAUAAAGGCUUUUAGAUGUGAAAGCUUCUCAUGGCAAUUAACAUUUUUUUUCUUUUUUUAAACAUUCUGCUAUCUUACACAGACCCAACACAGCACAAGUUCACUGUCUUAUAUUCCUCAUCUUGGAGGUGAGGAAUAGUUUCUAAAAACAUAACUCCUUUUUUGUUUUAAUUGACUGAAAAAUGUUGUUUUCACACUUCUGGUCUGUUGCAUGAAACUGUAUAGUAACUUCACAUCCAAGUACUGUGUUUCUGUAACUGGCAUAUGUCAAAUAAAAUCAUCAAAAUAGGCAA